CGCGUGAGUUUAUAAACAAAACCGGUGUCCCCGAUUGGCCAGUGAGAAGCCGGCAACCGACACAGACGUUGUACUCGUAUUGAGCAAAGUUUAUUCCACUAAAGUUAUUAAUUGUUGACUUAAAAAAAUGGAGAAACUGUGUGUUUUUUUCGUAAUCGCUCUCUUCACUUCUGGUGCUCUGGGACAAGCAGCGCAGCCACAAGAAGGUGACGACGGCCUAGAUGAUAGGUACGGCUUCAACGGGCCAAACUGGUUCCCAGGUCAAUUCCCACGUCCCAACAGGUUCCCUCCAUUCCCCAAUCAGAACCAAUUCCCCAAUCAAAAUCAGUUCCCCAAUCAAAACCAAUUUCCCAAUCAAAAUCAGUUCCCCAAUCAAAAUCAGUUCCCCAAUCAGAAUCAGAACCAAUUCCCCAAUCAGAACCAGUUCCCCAACCAGAACAACCAGGGCCAACGUACAACGACUCCUACUCCUACAGGAACGACCACCAUGUCACCCCAGCAGCGUCAGUGCAUCAGUACCUGCCCAGUGACAGCUGAGUACAACCCUGUGUGCGGCACUGACAACGUCACGUACGGCAACCCUGGAAGACUGAACUGUGCUCAGCUUUGUGGCGUCAACGUAUCGCUGCUAAGAACAUCGCCUUGCCCGACCCCACCUCCCACCAUCGAUGGCGUUGCUCAAUAAUUUAGUAUGAAUUAAGUAAUUAACUUGAAAAGUAGGACUGAAUAAAUUAUAAACCAAUCUUUUAUGA